AUGCGGUCGCUCGACCUCUUCGUCGCGGCCUCGGCCGUGGCCUCUGUCUCUGCAACUUCCUCUCCCUUCAACCACCGCCGUCAGGCUCGCGAGGUCGCGAAACGCGCUGGCACGAAUGUCAUCGACCCAUCUCAGUUGAAGGACUCUUACGACUUCGUCGUUGCGGGAGGUGGCGUUGGCGGUCUCGCUGUCGCCAGCCGCCUUGCUGAGGAUGAGAACGUCUCGGUUCUGGUUCUUGAAGCCGGCUUCUCCGGUGACGAUGUCAUCAACACCAUCAACACCCCCGGAGACACCUACUGGAGCUCCCUUGGCGGUACCGAGUACGACUGGGGUUACACGACCGCUCCGCAGGGCAGCCUCGAUGGCAAGGCUCGCAGCUGGCCGCGUGGAAAGGUCUUCGGCGGAAGCAGUGCUACCAACGGCAUGUACUUCACGCGCCCGAACAAGGAGGAAAUCGAUGCCUGGGGCUCCCUCCUUGGAAACGACCCGGCCGCCAGCUAUUGGACGUGGGACAGCUACUACGCGGCGUCGAAGAAGAGCGAGCACUUCCACCCUCCUACUGCUGAUGCCGAGGCCGUCGCGCACAUCACGUACGACGAGAGCAUGCACGGCUCGGAUGGCCCCAUCCACACGACCUUCCCCGCCGUGUCCUUCGGUCUCAACGGUAACUGGACUGAGGCGUGCCAGGGUGCGGGUAUCCCCGCUACCCAGGACGCUAUGGGCGGCGACAACCUCGGUGCGGGCGUCGCCACGUCUUCGAUUAACCCCGACGGUUGGACUCGCUCCUACUCUCGCUCCGGUUACAUUGACUCCUUCGGCCCCCGCGCGAACCUCGACCUUCUCCCCCAGGCGCACGUCACGAAGAUCAACUUCAACGGCACGACCGCCGAUGGCUUGACCGCGUCUGGUGUCACCUUCCAGAGCGCUGCUGGCGCUGAGGCGAAGACGGUCAACGCUAACAAGGAGGUCAUUCUCUCCGGCGGUGUCGUCGGAAGCCCGCACAUCCUGCUUCUCAGCGGUGUUGGCCCGAAGGAUGUCAUCGAGAGCGUCGGUAUCCAGGUCCAGCACGAGCUCCCGGGUGUCGGCCAGCAUCUCCAGGACCACGUUUCUUCCAUGGUCCAGUGGUCGACUGACAUCGAGACUGCCGGUACCGUCAACGCUGCCGCGAGCGACUUCGCGAAGACCGCCGAGUUCCUGUCGUACAUCAACUCCGCCACCGCCUAUGUCAACUUGACUCUUGCUGCCGGCGCGGACGCCGCCAAGAACAUGACCGACACUGCGGCUGGCUACGUUGACACGUACAUGCAGACGCUCCCGACCUCCGACGACGGCAUCAAGUCUGGCUACAAGGCCGUCCACGACGUGACGCUCGACUUCAUGGCGGGCUGGGUCAGCCAGCUGGAGAUCCUCUUCUCCAUCACGACCCCGGGCUCUAUCAUCAUCCAGGCCGCGCUCCAGCACCCGCUCAGCCAGGGCCACCUCUACCUCGAGAGCGCGGACCCCUUCACGCAGCCGGUCAUCGACCCGGGCUACUUCGCCCACUGGGCGGACAUGUUCAUCAUGCGCGAGGGUAUCAAGCUGGCGCGCCAGAUUGGCAACACCGAGCCGCUCAAGCAGUACAUCAAGGAGGAGCAGUACCCCGGCGAGUCAGUCCAGACGGACGCGGACUGGGAGAACUUCCUCAAGCAGUCCUCCGGCACCGAGUUCCACCCGGUCGGCUCCUGCAGCAUGCUCCCGCUCGAGCAGGGCGGUGUCGUCGACGGCUCGCUCAAGGUCUACGGCCUCGCGAACGUCCGCGUCGUCGACGCAUCCGUCAUCCCUAUCGAGCUGUCGUCCCACAUCGGCUCCCCGACGUACACCGUCGCCGAGCUCGCUGCGCAGAUCAUUAAGAAGGACCACGGUGACGCGAGCGCCAACUCGACUUCCGCUACCGGCUCGCCCGCGCAAAACAACGCGUCGGGCACGUCUGGCUCAGGCUCGAACGGCGCGCGCGCGCUCGCCCUUCCCCUCACCUCCUUCGCCGGCGUCGCCGCCGCGAUGCUCGUUACCCUCUUCCUGUAG